AUGGCAGAACUCACGGUGGAGACGCGGACCAGUGUGGACUGGCAGAAGCGCUACCUGGCUCUAGAAACCCAACUUUUCCGGUUCCGACUGCAGGCCAGCAAGAUCAGAGAGCUGCUGGCCGACAAGAUGCAGGAGCUGGAGCAGAGGCUGCUGGAGGCAGAGCAGAGAGCAGAGAACGCGGAGACCCAGGUGGGUGUGAUGGAAGAGAAGGUGAAAUUGUCCAAUCUGAUGAGUGUGGACUCAGCAGGCAGCCUGCACCGGAAGUACCAAGAGUUGCUGAAAGCCAUGCAGGGCAAAGAGGAGCUCAUCAUCGAGCUGGAGGCACAGCUGGAGAAGCAGAAGCAGAUGAGAGCUGAAGAGGCAAAAGUUGUUCAAGAAAAAGCUGCAAAGAUCAAAGAAUGGGUAACACUGAAAUUAACAGAACUUGAGAUGGAGAAUCAGCACCUGAAAAGCUGUAAUCAGCACCUGGUGGAGCAGGUGGGAGCCCUUCAACAUGCACUAGAAGCUCUGCAGAUGGCACCUUCAGGGAAGCUGCUGGCGGCCCCCCAGGGAACCAUAGAGCGGGAGUCUGUCCCUUCAGGACCAGGGGCCCAGCCAGCGGGGCAGGACAGUGGCCCUCCAGCCCAGGGUGCCCUGAACACAGCUAUCCCCGCACCUUCUCCGGGUGCCCUGCAGAGCAAAGACUCUGUUCCUAAAGCAGGAAGCCCCGUGGAGGAUUCUAGUUCCCAGACAGUCCACCCUGGAGCAACAUCAGAGGCCAAGACCCUUCCACUUCGUCUGGGAAGACAGGGCUGUCCUGGCCAGCUGUGCCUGAGGCCUCGCACCCCCAGGCAUGGUCUGGCCUCCUGGGGUGAGGGCCUGGUCACUGCUCAGGGAGGGACGCUCCCCCGGAUGAAGACUUCUGCCAAGGAAGCUGGCCCCGGCUGCAGCCUGACCCUGCCAAAGGCCCGGGCUCCCAGUACCCUCUGGGACAGCAUCCAGCUGGCCAAGCGGCACCACAGCCAGCCUCAGGCAGGCCCUGGGCACUUCAGCCACGUGGUGCACAUUGAGAUGGGGACCCUCUCAGCCUUCCACCCCCUUGGCCUUCCCAAGGGGGCGGUCAGAGUCGAGCCCUGGGAGGAACCAGAGAAGAUGGAGAUGGAGGAGCAACCCCCUGCGGGGAAGAAGGAGGCCCCGGGAGCAGAGCUGGAGGAAGUGAAUUUGGAGAACAAACCACCGCCACCCCCCUUGCACCGCUUUCCAUCCUGGGAGAGCCGGAUCUACGCUGUGGCCACGUCGGGCAUGCGGCUGUCUGAAGUGUCUGUCAGAAGUAAUGCCACCUGCUGCGCUUCAAGCCCUCCUGCCCUUGCAUCACCCGGGGCGUUCUCUGGCCUUGUCUACAAGAACGUCACCGUGCCUGUCUACACCGCCCUGAAGGGGAAAGCCACGCAGAUCAGCUCGGUGCCCUUUGUGGACGAGUCCUCUGGGUCCGAUGAUGACUGCAGCUCCCAGGCAAGCUUUCGAAUUUCACUCCCCUGCUCUGAGUCCAGGAAGACCAGUGGACUGGGCAGUCCCCGGGCCAUCAAGAGAGGCGUCUCCGUGUCCUCGCUGAGCUCCGAGGGUGACUACGCCAUUCCCCCGGAUGCCUGCUCCUUGGACAGUGACUACUCUGAGCCUGAGCACAAACUGCAGCGCACCUCAUCCUAUUCCACGGACGGGCUGGGCCCAGGCGGGGAGUCACUGGAGAAGUCGGGAUACUUGCUGAAAAUGGGGAGCCGGGUGAAGACGUGGAAGAGGCGCUGGUUUGUGCUGAGACAGGGACAGCUCAUGUACUACAAGUCUCCGAGUGAUGUCAUCCGGAAACCUCAAGGCCAAGUGGAACUAAACUCCCGUUGCCAGAUUGUUCGAGGGGAAGGUGCACAGACAUUCCAGCUCAUCUCUGAGAAGAAGACCUACUACCUGACGGCUGACUCGCCCAGCCUGCUGGAGGAGUGGAUCCGUGUUCUGCAGAGCCUGCUGAAGGUCCAGGCCAUUGGGCCUCCAGCGCCGCCUCAGGGGGGCUCCAAGCCCACUGUGAAGGGCUGGCUGACCAAGGUCAAGCAUGGCCACUCCAAGCUGGUCUGGUGUGCUCUUGUUGGGAGAACCUUCUAUUACUAUCGAAGCCAUGAAGACAAGCGACCCCUGGGCCGUCUGCCUGUGCGGGACGCUCACAUAGAGGAAGUGGAUCGAUCCUGUGACUCAGAUGAGGACUAUGAGGCUGGAGGAACCCGGCGGUUGCUGUCCUCCCACUACACCCUGGUGAUCCACCCCCCGGAGCACAGCCCCACCUACCUCCUCAUUGGCACCAAGCAUGAAAAGGAUACGUGGCUUUACCACCUCACAGUGGCUACGGGUGGCAGCAGUGCCAAGGUGGGCACUGCCUAUGAGCAGCUCAUUGGAAAGCUGAUGGAUGGUGAGGGAGACCCAGACUCCCCACUCUGGAGGCACCCCAUGCUGUGCUACACCACAGACGGGCUGUACACCUCCCUCACCACCCUGCCGUCCGAGGCCCUGCAGACGGAGGCUGUCAAGCUCUUCAAGUCCUGCCAGCUCUUCAUCAACGUGCCCGUGGAAGCCGCCUCGGUGGACUACCAUGUAUCCCUGGCGCAGACAGCGCUGCAGGUCUGCCUGGCUCACCCCGAGCUACAGAGCGAGAUCUACUGCCAGCUCGUGAAGCAGGCCAGCUGCCGCCCGCCGCAGAAGUCCUCCCUCAUGCAGUGCUGGCAGCUCCUGGCUCUGUGCGCCCCCCUCUUCCUGCCUCAGCACCACUUCCUCUGGUACUUCAAGCAGCAGCUCCAGCGCCAUGCGGAUCCCAGAAAUGAAACCGGCCAGUACGCCACGUACUGCCAGCGGGCGGUGGAGCGGACGCUGCAGACUGGGGAGCGGGAGGCCAGGCCGUCGCGCAUGGAGGUGGUGUCCAUCCUGCUGCGGAACCCCUUCCACCACUCCCUGCCCUUCAGCAUCCCUGUGCACUUCGCCAACGGGACCUACCAGGUGGUGGGUUUUGAUGGCUCCUCCACUGUGGACGAGUUCCUCCAGCGGCUAAACCAGGAGACAGGCAUGAGGAAGGCCUCCCAUUCUGGCUUUGCCCUCUUUACAGACGACCCUGCUGGCAGGGACCUGGAACACUGCCUGCAGGGGAGCGUCAAGAUCUGUGAUGCCAUCUCCAAGUGGGAACAAGCCCUGAAGGAGCUGCACACCGGAAAGUCUGAGGGUGGCACACGUGUUGUGAAGCUGAUGUACAAGAACAGGCUGUAUUUUCGGAGUCAAGUCAAAGGGGAGACAGAGCGAGAGCGUCUGCUGCUCGCCUCCCAAACUAACAGAGAGAUAGUGGCAGGGAGGUUUCCUGUCAACAAGGAGCUGGCUCUGGAGAUGGCUGCCCUGAUGGCUCAGGUAGAGUACGGGGACUUGGAGAGGACCAUCCUGCCGGGGCCUGGGGGUACACUCUCUGCCAAGACUCAGCAUCACCUCCAGCAGGUCCUGGACAGGUUCUACCCAAGGCGCUACAGACAUGGGGUUCCCGCUGAACAGCUGAGGCUCCUGGCAGACCAGCUGACCACGAAGUGGGCGGCACUGCACGGCUGCUCCUCUCCUGAGUGCAUCCGCAUCUACCUGGCAGUGGCCCGGAAAUGGCCCCUCUUUGGUGCUAAGCUCUUUGCUGCUCAGCCUGCACAGCUGUCUUCCAAGGAGAGAGCUCUGGUGUGGAUUGCUGUGAAUGAGGAUGGAGUCAGCAUCUUGGACCACAACACUAUGCAAGUGCACGUCACGUAUCCCUACUCUUCGGUGACGACCUUCGGUGGCUGCCGAGAUGACUUCAUGCUUGUGAUCAGAUCCCUUCCAGACCAGAGCUCUGGGAAAGGCCACGUUGAGAAGUUGAUCUUCCGGAUGGCUGCUCCCAAGAUUGCAGAGAUGACCUUCAUCUUGGCCAGCUACAUGAACCACUGCUCCACAACUGUGAACCCACCCACCGCCCCCACUGCUGCGUGCCAGCCAUGGGAACUGCAUGGAUGA